AUCUAUAUGUACAAUGAUACCAAUGAUACAUAUGUAUAUAUGCAUAUGUAUGUAUGUACAUGUACAUGCACAUUUAUUAUCGUGACUUUAGUGCAAUAUCCGUCGGAUGGUUUUUAAGAGGUAUGCAAAUGUAACUCAUAACUGAUCGAAAGUCAUGAAGUUACAUGUAUGCAUUACAUAAUAUGUAAAAUUACUAUAAUAAUAUUCUGCAUAUGUACAUAUGCAGAAAUCCUCCUGUCUGUGUGACAAUUUGCUUAAAAAAAUUUUGGGCCAACCAUUGACCAUAAGUUAAAUAUUUGUGGGACACCUUUUUGAAUGAAAAUAGCAUGAAUGGGAUUCUCUCAUCCCAUGUAUGCAUUUGUAUCUUAUGAUUUGGAUGCUUUUGUGAGUUUUUUAACCUGCUGUUAUAAGCGUGAAUGUAUGUAUGUACAUAUGUGCAUAUGUAGGGUACUGCCUGAAACGUUCGUAAACGUCAUUCGCAGAAAAUUCAAGUGUUUGUUAAGUCUUGCACUAAAAUGACUCACGAUAUCCGUUAAAACGUAUUUUUUAGUGCGGUAUAUAAAAGUGCUUGACUUUCUGAUUAAAAUCAGUAUAGCAAAGUGAGGGCCGAAUUAUUGUACAGUCAAAAAUUGUAUAGUUUGGGUACUUUAUUUAAAUUAACUUGUACAAGUAACCGGUGAUUUAAUUUAGCAAUUUGAAGACUUAUCCGACAUUAGUACAAAUACAUACGUAUCAAAUCUUUGAAUUGUAAAACCGUUAUUACAAAAAAGCUGAUCAUGGCAGGUAAUCAAGAAUUGGAUGAUUCAGAAUUCUCAGAUAAAAAGAGAAACAAACUCCGAACUUCAAAGGAUAUUUACAAUCGGCUAAAAUGGGACUCCGAAUCCCUAAACAUUGACCUCUCCUCUAUUUACAUCGGGUACAAAGACCGUUUCCUUGGAAUGUGCGAAAUCCCAUUCCUUGACUACCAACCGAGACGCGGAGAUGUCACAAAUUGUGAAGACAACGAAGAGAGUGAAAUCCCAUAUCACCGAAUCUACUAUUUUCGUGGGGGUGGUCCUCCACAGUUCCCGUUAAUUGGGAGUGAGGGUGAGGUUCGUGUGAGGGAAGAAAAUUGGCCUCAAGGCGCGAUAUUUUUCUGGGAUAGAGAGUCCAGACAAGAUCUAAUAUUCGGAUCGGGUGACCCUAAAUCCAGCGUGAAAGUGGUUGGAAACGGUAGUCAGACAUCAUACCAAACAGGGUACAAGUUCAGUCAAGAAACCUCCAAAUGGGAGAACGUUCCGCAAAAUGAGGAGCCCAGUCAAAAUGUUGACGGUGUGAAACUGAUAAGUUUCAACAUUCUUCAUGACCUGCAUAACACGCCCUCAGUGAACCGAUGGCCCCACUUGAUUGACUUCCUCGCCUCUCGAGACGCUGACGUUAUCGCCCUGCAAGAAGUGACUGUCUCGUUCCUUGCCCUGUUAGAAAGUGAGGUUUGGGUUCGGGAGAAGUAUUAUCUCACAGAUAUUUCCUCCAAGGGCGACAGCGUUACUCCAUAUGGACAACUAUUCCUUACCAAAAUCCCACCAACACGGCUCUUCUUCAGACAUGAUAAAGAUAGUGGAGCUAAAUACAUCAUUGCGAGCUUUACCCUUGCAAAUGAAAAACUUGUCCACAUUGCAAACAUUCACUUGUCCAGUAAUUACCGGGGCGAUUCUUCCUCCCGGAGAGAGAAACAGGUCAAAGACGUGCUAAAAAGUAUGGCAAAUUUGGAGCUUACUUCUCUCACUGCGCCGCACGACCUCGUCAUCACAGGAGAUACAAACUUCUCGGGAAAUGAGUCCAUUUGGUAUGACGAUGCCUUUGGGAUGGAAUUGGUUGAUGCGUGGGAGUGGCUGAACGGAGGUGACGUAAUCAAGCAAGAAUCUGUCACUUUUGACGUUGAAAAUAACCCUUUGGCAAAACAGCAGAGCAGAUCCGGCAAGAGUGAGAGAUUUGAUCGCAUCUUUUUCAAAUCGAGCAAUACCUGCAAACCAGUCAAGAUUGAAAUUUUGAAAAGUUUUGUUGAGGCGAACGUUCCUUGGUUUAGCGACCACUACGCGUUGGAGUGCGAGUUGAAAAUGCAAACCGUCUCAAAUCCAAGUGGAGGACCAGUAGCAAGCAUGACCUCUCGGUCUGCACCACUACCCGCCCCGGUGUACACUUCUGCAGUGGUAAUAAUCCCACCUGAGGAAUCAUUCUGGCCACACGUGCAAGAAAGUCAGGCACAGUUUGACCCAUCUUUCGCCCGUUGGCCGCCCCAUAUCACAUUGCUCUUCAGAUUCGUACCAGACGAGGGAAAUAAUUUUGACCUCGCGAAAGACGCCGUGACUUCAGAGUUGGAGGGAAUAGAACCAUUUCAAUGCACUUUGUCCAGGUUGGGGACCUUCACACACUCGAGGUCAACUACGGUCUAUCUCGGGCCAAAACAAGCAGACGCGGUGGAGCAGAUUGGGCUAGUAUAUAAAAGAGUGGUAAAGUUAUUCCCAGGCUUUGCCGAUAGAGCAGAGGGAUUUAGUUUUACGCCACAUUUGACCGUUGCAAAAUUAUCGAAUGAACCUUCAGAAAUGAAAAAUAAUGCGGAAUUUAUUUCAAAGUGGGAAUCAAAAUUGGCAAAAAUACCUGAACAAGACCUGACGUUUACUGUGGAUAAAAUCCAUUUCAUUUCAAGAGAUGGCGAUGAACCAUUCACCAUAAAGAAGACAAUAUUUCUAAAACAAAAAUCUUUACCACAAUCGGGUGACCAAACGGGACAGAAAUUUUUUGACCAGUUCAUCACCGAUCAUAGCUUGGCUCCUAGUUGUCCACACAGAGAGGAACUGCGGUCAAAAAUUGUGUCAGAAAUGGAGCGAUUUUGCAAUUUGGCAGUGCAGCAAAUUGACCCAAACUCACACUGUAACGUCCACUUGACAGGAUCAUCAUUCCUGACUUUCCAUGAUGAUACGAGUGACAUGGACUUUCUCUGUCUUGGUCUCACAACAAUAUCCAGACAAGAUUUCUUCCACAGUUUGGAAUCUCUCGCAUGUUCAUCCCCCGUUGACGGACUCAGACUAAAAUCCAUCGUUUCUGAGACGACCAUACCCAUCGCCAGAUUCACCAUGACCGACAACCUUGUUGAAAUUGACGUUGACCUCGUCUACUCAAAUACUUUACUAGAAAACCUCACCGAUUCCGAACUGCUCCACAUGACGGAGACUGAACUCCGCUGCAUAAACGCGGUCCGAGAAGGGGUCCAACUCUUAGAACUAAUCCCGUCUGAAUUACGUCCCACUUUCCAGACUGCAAUUAGGCUGCUCAAAUACUGGGCUACACAGCGGAAUAUUUACAAUAAAACUUUCGGUUAUCUGGGAGGGAUGCAGAUUUCUUUGUUAGUAGGUUAUGUAAUUGUCGAGAAGGGAAACUUGGUUUCCGUUGAAGAUAUAAUUAACGCAUUCUUUGAUACAUUUGCGACCUGGAGGUGGCCAAAAGCAGUUCAAUUUAGGGGAGGGCUGAAUAAAGAGCGUUAUAUUAUGGGUAAAAAAAUACCAGAACAUAUGCCCAUUUUAAGCCCGGCCUUCCCCCACAUCAAUCGAAACCUUAAUGUGACGAAAAGCACGAGAAGCCUGAUCCAAAGGGAGAUUAGGAGAGGACAUGAAAUUUUUAGUGGGAAAGCUGAUGAUAGUAUUAAAAUUAGGUGGGAAAAGUUAACAGAAAGUCCGGAUUUUUUCACUUGUCAGGAGAAAUACUGGUGUAUCCAAGUCUCCUGUGAGAAUGAAAAUGAUUUGAAAAUUAUCAGUGGAAUUUUACAGUCGGGAAUUAUUUUAAGUUUGAUCGUUGAACUAGAACAACAACAUGACCUCUUCGUCCAACCGAGUGCAAAGGUCGUGAUUUCCAGAGCGGAUGAAGAUAAUCGUUUCAGAUGUAUUAGUUAUCUCGGAUGCUCUGAAAACGGAAGUAAUAAAGUGGACGAUGCUUGUUAUGAUUCCACAAUGAGACAUUUCACGAAAAAAUUUGAAACCAGUUUUAAAAAGUUUUGCAAAGGUGAUACGGAUAUUAAAAUUUACAGAUUGUGAUAAGUUGUGAUAUUUUUUUAUUAUCUAAUAAAUAAAUAAACAAUUACUGUUAUGCAACUUGUAAAGUUAUGCAGCAGAGUUACAACAAACUAUUUUAUUAUUUUUCAUAAAUUUAUUUUCAUGGGGAAUAAAAUGCAUCAUGAAUUUUUCUACACAAGCCAAGCCGGAACAAAGACGAUUUGCAACUCUGGUAAAAAAUCGGUGCUGCUUGGUGAAAACUUUUUGGUGGCGGUAAAAGAAUGCACAAACGGCCAGUCUUCCUGCUUUCCCUCCUUUCUCACUCACUCCACAUCCACACACUCAACUACACAGCAUCAAUAAAGCAGAUCGUUCCCUUUAAAUUGAAAAAAGUUAAUUUCAAUUAAAAUCCAGAGAAAUGUCUCCUCAACCACCAAGUCCGUCCGCGGCAGAGGAUAAGCCAGCGGCUAAGCCAAAAGGAGCAGCGAAGAAGAACAAGUCCCCAGCCAAGGAGACCAAACCAAGGAAGCCGUACAAGAAGAGGGCAAAGGUCGCCAAGGGGGCUGCUCCAACUCGUACGUCCAGCCGUGUCCAGGGGGGUGGCAUUGUUAAGAAGAAGAAGUAGGCGAUGACGCAGAAUCAUCAACAUUUUUGGAGAAAGAAGAAUAAUAAUACUGGAAAAGUUUCUUAAAUUCUUUAAUUGGCCAACUUUAGUAGUUAGUUAUAUUUUUAUAUACAUAAAAUGAUAUAAAGGCAAGUUGCACAAUUUCUUGUUAGAUUAGAGGAAAAAAAAUGUUGAAGGGGAGGGGGGAUUAUGUCUAAUAGUAAUAGUUGCAGAAAUUUCUUAAAUUUGGUCUACUUCUACUGGUUUUAAUAUUUUUGUUAUUCGAUACUGAUUUUAUAAAAUAAUUGGGUAACUUCUUUUAAACAUUUAACGAGUCUGCACUGACUUUCUUUUUUCAAAUAUUCUCUCAGGGAUGUAUGUAAUAAUAAAAAUACUGAUAUUCUCGACCACAUAAUUAUGUAUUAUAAGUGGCAAAAUGGGAGAACAUUUAUAUCAAAUUUAUUUAAAGAAUAAAAAUGCAAAAUUUUAGCUUCUAAUCUUA